ACUGGAUGCAGAGUGAGAAUCCACUAAGGGCCACUGGAGGAGGAGAAGCUGGCUUGGCCUUGGGGCUGUAGCCAGUAUGACCCUCCUGUUCCUGGUGCUUUGCUUCAAAACCAUCUAGAUUGAGUCACUCUGUCCAGAGUAAGUCUUUAUAACCACACGGAGUGGUUCAGUAGCUCCCAUUUCCUUCCAUAUGUGUUCUCAAUUCCGCAGCUUUGUGCAAGGUCUUACAGGUCCAGAAGCCAGCGUAUUGAGAGUCUUGGAUCUACUCACUGGGAGUCUUAAAGCUUGACAUGUUUGACAGGAACGUGGAACUUCUGUGUCCUAAGGCAGGUGGAUGUUCAUUUAUUUUUCCUGAACACUCUGCUGGGCGCCAGCACCCUUUCCCCGAGAUGAAAUCCUCAUCCUCAUGGUGGGAGCUUGAUUGGUGUUACGUCCCUGCUCUAUCUUAACAUGGGGAUAGAGCAUCGGAGCAUUUUUAGGGACUAAAGUAGAAGUCAUACCUUUCCUUUCUAUUCAUACCCCAUUGGCUAGAACCUCAUCCUAUGGCUACACACAAGUACAGCGGGUGCUGGGCAGUGUGGCCUUCUGCUGGGGCUCACCUGGGAGGGUGUGUGCCCACUGCUCAUAGGCUCAGGGGCAGAAGGUGGGCUGGAGAGCAGGCAGAAGAAACCUGUGACCCUGAGCCAUUCUUGAGACCUAGAGCAGGCCCCCGUCCUCCUCAGCUUCAGGGGUAGGGGACAGCAUCCCAGCCUAUUCCUCUCAGGUCACUGCCACCAGGCUACUUGGAGAAUGUGGAACUUGAACUGGACCCAGGGGUACUCGAAAUCCAGGUUUCAUGUAAAGGAAGGAAGAUCAAGUGGGACUGCAUCACAAAGGGCUUCUGAGUUCAGGGCACACAGUGAACAUCUGGUGCCUCCAAGAAGGCAAUCUGGUUGUGCACCAUGUACUGUAGAUGUGCAUUGGGGCAGGAAGGUGUGUGGAGGCAGGGGCACAACAGCAAACCACUCAUGGAAGCUUCAAGAGGUGUGUGCGGGUGGUCACUGCCACCCACAUGGGAGACUGAGGCAGAGGGAUCAUUUGAGUGCAGGAUUUUGAGGCAGCCUGAGCAAUGUAGGGAGACCCAACCUUUAAAAAACAUGUAGGUAUAGAAAGAAACAACUGUAUUCAAUACAGUAGUACUUCAGCUCACAAACUUAAUGCAUCCCAUGAUUCUGAGGAAAACGCCCAAGUUCCUGUCUGUUACCCAAUGUAGAGUUGGUGAGCAGAAGCAAAAUUUUGCUGAAUGCUUUGUUCUCGAAUGGAAGUGUUCCUGUGUCGGUGUCUGUGAGAGCUCUCCAAGUUCCCAGGGGGAGGAAAGAUGAGAGAAUGAAGAAAAUAAAGAUAAAAGACAGAAAGCUGGGGUCAGGUGGAGCCCUUCUACCAUAUGGGAGAGAGACACCUCAACCCCCGUAUGUGUCUGUUCAUACACUUGUCAUACCCCGCCCCUGUGCUCACCUAGCUCGCUUCUUCCACCUGUGUUCCCCUGAGUUCUCUGGCUGGGCACCUUCCUCCUCCAGCGCUCCAUGCCCUUGGGGCACUCCUGUUCAGGCCCUUAAGUUAUCCUAGCAGCCUCAACAUUCAUGAACUAAGAUAUUACUGUAUUUUACUUUUUUUUUUUUUCAAAUCCAUUUUAUUUCAAGGAUAAAAAGAGAAAAAACUGCAACAAAAUUUCAAAGCACAUCUAUCAGGGGCAACAAUGGUACAUACAUUGUGCAUUUUCAUCCCCAAAUCAUUCACUCAGACCACAAGACAUCUGCAUUCAGUUAUCCAAACAAUACUAGCACAAAUCCUUCUCUUCAGUGAACUUGGAAAAAUCAGUAGUAUAACUGUCUUAACUUUUUUGUGUAUAUAUAUACAUACAUAUUUAUGUUUUUUUCUUUCAGCUCACACUAAUGAAAUUAUGUUUACACAUGUGUGUCUUAUUUAUUUCACUAGUGAGUAUGGUCUUAAGUUGCAUCCACUUACCUAUAAAAGUCUCCAGUUUAUCCUCAUUUAUGGCUGAGUAGUACUCCAUUGUAUAAAAAUACCACAUUGUUUUUAUCCAUCCCUCAGUUGAUUGGCAUUUAGGUUGUUUCCAAGAUCUAGCUAUUACAAACUGUGCUACUAUAAACAUGGGUGCACAUACAUUACUGUGGUAUGAUGUUUUUCUUUUGGGAGGAUACCCAGAAGGGGAAGAGCUGGUUGAAUGGGACUUCUAGUCCUAGAGUUUUGAGGAACCUCCACACUGAUUUCCACAGUGGUUACACCAGUCCACACUUCCAUCAACAGUGGAGAAGGGUUCCUUUUUCUCCACAGCUCCUUCAGCAUUUGUUAUUGCUUGAUUUCUUGGUAAUAGCCAUUCUUUCCAGGGUAAUCUCAGUGCUUUUUUAAUUUGCAUCUCUCAGAUGACCAGUGAGGUUGAAUAUAUUUUCACAUAUUUAUUUGCUGUUUGUAUCUCUCCAUCUGAGAAGUGUGUAUUCAUCUCAGAUGCCCAUUUUUGGAUUGGGUCUUUAAAUCUGGGAGGACUGGUGUUUUUUGAGUUCUUUAUACGUUCUCUACAGUAAUCCUUUAAGGAACAGCUGACAAACUAUUACUGUAUUUUAAAAUUAAGGGCAGUGAAAGGUAACAAAUCAGUGGUGCGCUUACCUGUCAUGACAACUCAGGGUUCACUCCCCAGUACCACCCAGCACAAAACAAAAUCUAAAGUAGUGCUCCCCAGAACCAGAGGCUUGGCAUGUAACUCAGCAGUAGUCUUGCCUGGCACACAGGAGACUGCCCACUUCAGCAACAACUGAAGAUGUGAGUGCAAGUCAUGAGAGCCAUUCAUUCAGUACUUCUGUGGGAGCUAAGGACUCCAGGAGCCAGGUCAGCCAAACCCAGCAGUGCCCGAAGAAACCUUACAGUAAAGUAAAGACAGAAUAGGAAUUUCCAGUGCAAGGUGUUGUGCUUACGGAGGUGUCCCUGUCUUCUCCAUCACUAGGCUCCCAGCAAACACUCAGCUGAGGCCAUCCCCGUGCCUCUCCCUCCCCCAUCCCAGUGCUGCAUCCUUAGCGCCCAGUGGGCUGCUCACUCAUUGCCAGGGCUGCCUUGGGCAGGAUACACCAGUGAGGCCUGGCCAGGUUCCUGCUGCACUGGUAUUCUAGCUGUAACCUAACUGCUCUGCAGGAAUUAGCUCAACUCUUCCCUUCUCUCAUCCCUUCAUCCCUUCUACUUCACUUCCUUCUUUCUCAGGGCUCACUUGGCAUGGUUACAAGACAGGUAAAUCCAGCAAGAACCAGGGUAGACCUAAGGAAUAAAUGGCCCAGACCCACACGCCACAGCCACAAGGGAAAAACAAGGGGGACCACUUCAUCCAGUGCCCCCCCAUAGUCAGUCAGCUGUUACUCCCAGGGGGCUGAGCGAGUAGCAGGCCACACUGCCAUGCACCCUAAGCUCCAGGUCCUGCCAUUCUGAGACCUCACUUCAAGUAAGCUCCCUGCUGGGUUUCAUUUGUACUCCUUCACUACCACCUCCAGAUACGACAGACUUGUGAAAACAUCUGUUCUGCACUUUCCUUCAGCCCUUCCUGCUUCCUUCCCACGCGGGCUGUCUUACUUUGCCAUCACUGGGACAAAAUACCCAACACCCAAACUUCAAAGAGAAGAGAUUUACUUUGGCUGCAAGGAAAAAACAGCCUGGUGGAGAAACAGCAAAGGGCGUGGUGAAGGAGCAGGCCCUCAACCCACUGCAGCCAAGAAGCAAAGCAAAGCAGAGCUUGAGGGGAGGAGAUGGCAGAAAUGAGCCCUUCCAGGCCCCACCCCGUGACCUGCCUCCAGCCAGGCCCCCUAACAGCAUGUUCAGAUACCUGGAUGGAUGAAGCCACUGAUGAGCACAGUGCCCCCCGAAUCCUGUUGCCUUCCACACAGGUGCACAUUUAGGGGGACAUGUUAGACCUAACCAUAACACAUGCCUUUCACCUGAGUUUGCCAGGGGAGCCAGGGAUCCGUUGCCUGUCAUCCACUAACUCUCCCCUAGGGUUGGUGAUUCUCAGACUUUUAUCUCAGUAGCUGCUUCUUCACAGUCUCCUGUGGAGUGUGAGGGGCUGGGCUGUCUGGACCUCCAGGUCCUCUCCUCCUUCCUUCUCCAGGAUUCCUUGCUGAGUGACUCAUCUGAGUGGUCCAUAGACACCCAUCUCUGAUUCCCACCCCUGGCUGUUCCCAAUCCUUUGGGUUCCACCUGUCCAAGGUGCCUGCCCCACUAUACUGUACCCACACAGAUCACUGGCAGCUCUCUGUUUUGUUCUCUCAUUGGCGCACCCCACUGUGCCCUUCCAUGGUGCUCCCAUCUCUCCAGCUAACUCAUCUUGACUCUUGGCCCCGGCCACUGUUCAGAAUGUGUGCACAUCUAUCUCUGGCCACAGCUGGCAUUCAGCUCUAACCCUCUGCUUUUCCAGGUGCCUUAGCUGCCUGAGCAAUGCACAGCUGCAGAGAGGUUUUAUGCUCUCUGAAUAAGUAGGCAUUAGUUGGAGGCCAAUGGUGAACAAAGAUCACCCCAUUCUGCUGAGGUAAUGAAGAACUCCAGAGCUAGUAAUCUGGAAGGGAUAUCACAGCCAGUCCUGAAAAGCUAAGUAUGUUGCCAGAAAAAAAAGGAACCAGGACUUUGCCUGGGAAGCUUAGUUACUCUGGUUUGUAUUUUUUCAGGAAAAACUAUAAUCAAAUGACAGAGAAAAAAAGCAUCCCAUUCCUCUUUUAAAAUAAAUUUCAGGCUGGAAUUGUAACUUAGUGUAGAAUAAUGCUUGUCCACAAUCCAGGAAGCCCAUGGUUGGAUCCCCAGCACUUAGAGGCUGAGGCAGGAGGAUCACUGCAAGAUCAAGGCCAGCCUGGGCUGCAUAGUGAGUUCCGUGCCUUCAUGAACUACAUAGUGAGACCCUGUUUCAAACAAAACAAAGCAACACUAGGCACUUUGAAACAUUCUGUAAACCCAACCCAGAACAUGAACUCAGGGGUGUUUGCUCAUUUGUUUUGCAGUGCUGGGGGUUGAACCAAGGCCUUGUAAAUGCUAGGCAAGUGCUCUAUCACAUCUCAGCCCUUUCUUUUUCAUAUAUGAUGUAGGCUAUUGCUAUUGUCACCAGGUUUUGGGGUGCUGGAGCCUCCUUCUAGAGGUGCUUUCUAGGUUCUCUGUCCUGAACAAAGAAUUGGUCAAGACAAGAAGGGAUGAUAGCAAAGCUUUCCAUUUCUUAGAGAUGAAAAGCAGCAGACUCUGCACAGUGAGUCUGGGCCAAGUAACAGUAGGACAAUAAGUAUACCCUAUAAAACAGACACAGCUGGGGGCUGGGGAUUUAGCUCAGCAGGCAUAAGCGCCUGCCUUGCAAGUGUGUGGUCGAAACAGACACAGCUGCCCCAAACUCCAGGCCUACUGUCAUGUUUGUAUUUUCUACCCUGAGGCUAUUGUCAGGUCUCGGCCAUUCCAUCAAAAAAGCUGCUGAGUUCCAGUGAGAAGUGCAUGUGCAGGUGAGGGCUUUGGAAAGGAACUGUUUUGUGCAUUUCUCCUGGAAUUUUGUAAUUAACACAUCAUGCCUACUUUCUCAGCUGGUCUUUGCCACACCCUAGCCUCUUGCCUCACACUGUGUUGCCCAGUCUGACUUCAAACUCAUGAUCCUCCUGCCGCAGCCUCCUGAGUAGCUAGGUUUGCAGGGAUGAGCCUCUGUGCCUGGUUUCAAAGAGCUGUUUUUAAUAAGCUAUAAAGCAAAUAUUUCUCUAAAAAUCACUGUUUACAAAGUCUAUAUAUUUCCCAAAGCAAUUUAACUGAACAUGCAGUUCUCACAUUCAUUUCAAUCUCUGCUAAUAUGUCACUUUGGGAAGUCACAGCUGAAACCCACAUGCCCAGGACUGUCCAUGGCGCCUGCAAUGAGCUCCCUCCCCAUCUCUGUUGAAUUUGAUGAAUCUGUUUGCACAGUGACUCUGCUCUCCAGAAUGCCAAGCUAGACCCUGAUUCUCAGAUUUGCUGUUGAGCCCAAAUGUGAAUUGGCUAUUAACCCUGUAAACAGGCUUCUGACCCCUGGAGGCAGAGGCUGCCGUAGAAGCUGAGCUACUGACGCAGCCUGGGCAUCAUGGGUUUGUUGCUAGCAGUGUAGCACAACUCUGUUGAAAUCCACAAUGGUCCUGGUGAUCAUGGGACUAAAAAGGUGUUUAAGCUUGGGAGACAAAUUUACCCACUAUUGAUACCCCCAAGGAGACUACAGGUCCUCUCAGCUGAUCCCCUCUCCUGGGCCUGGUUGGAGAGAAGAGAGGCCACUCCUGGACAACCCACCCCAACCCACCUGCAUUUGGUGUGACCCAGCUCUUCAAUAACUGUGUGGAUACGACCUUUCUAUCCUCCCACCUUAACAGGUGAAAUAUCACAAUUUUUAGAUCAAGGAAGGAUUUGUAAACCUCAAGGGCAGGAGCUUAAGAAUGCAUCCUGGGAACUGAGAAGAUAAGACCAAAACAUGGACCAGGCUCCUGAGGUUUCUUCAAGAAAUCAUAAACAGUGAAAAGUAAAGACAGUUUUAUUCAAGCACAGAAUAGAUUUGCAAGUUAGGUACACAUAUUCAAUUGGACUAAACCAGUGUUCUGUCUGGCGAAAACAGUCUGAGUGUUAGAAGAAGAAGGAACAUGUGCAGUGUAGCCCUCGAUGAGAGAGAAAAGUGGGACUAAGGCAAUUGGGUGCCAAUCUGGCUAGAUGUAACUUUUCUAAGUCCAUUGCUAUGUCCAGGCCAGGAGACAAAACUGGGCACUCCCCAACAUUGCAAGGUAUUGUUAAGAUUCCAGAACACUGUUCCCUCUGGCGGCUCAGUCCCCAGCUUGAUGUCUUUGUGGCAUUUACCCCAUUAGUAAAGCUCUGAGGCUCAGAAGAGGAACUGUGCUCUCCUUUGGACCACUCUGCAGUCAUUUUGACUUUAAUUCCCUGGGAAGAUGGGGAAGGGAGUGGGGCAUGUCUUGUAACCUUAGAGCCAGAGGUGGCUCAGGGUGUGUUCAUGAAAUAGAUGCUGCAAGAUGGGGUGGGGUGGCAGGAUGCUCCCCUCAUCCUCAAGACGUCACUGGAGUCUGUGGGCCAGAGCAGAGGGUGGAGCUAUCUGAUCAAUAAAUCCCAGGAUUGCUGGCUUAGGUCCUGCAGCUGCCAAAGGAGCCACCUCCACCACAGCUGUCCUGCUGAGUGCCUGAGGAGGCCAACCUCCCUCAGGGAUAGAGCUCCAGCCCCGAUGUGCUUGGCACACUGCUCCCUUCCCCUUCCCCUCUACCCUUGACAUUGCCAUAAAAGAACCUCCCCUUUUCCCCUGCUCCCCCAGCAAUGCUGUGUGUUCCUGUGCUUACCACCUCGCAUGGGAGGGACAAGGAAUACAAGCAUUUUCUCCCAGCAUCACCAUAUAUCCAUUCUACGCUUCCAGCUACUACACAAGGGAGAUGGCAGGGCGCACAGCCUGCCGCUUGGGUUCCCCAGCACCAGGUGCUCCAAAUGCUCCCCUGGGGUACCUUCCUCUGGCCCAGGCCAGGAUCCCUGGGGUCUGAACCUAUAGGCCUGGGCUGAGAAGUGGCUGAAAGGGAAAGGUGCUGCAAGACACUAAAGAUCCCCAAGUUGCUGUUUGGCCAGGGUGACCCUGGAGAAAGAGGAAGGGGUAUGUGCAGUAGUGUCAAGGUCCUUGAGUUCUGCCCAAUGUCCUUGGGAGCAGCUCCGCCAUGGCCAGCUCUAGACUGGGCCUGCUGCUCCUGCUGCUGCGGCUAACCACCUGCCCUGGACCCUUGAGGGCUCAGCACUGGUCCCAUGGCUGGUACCCCGGAGGAAAGCGGGCCUCUGGCUCACCCCAGGAUUCCCGGACUAUUCCCAGACUCCCAGGAAGCGUCCUGGGCCCUGCAGCAGGCAGCCUCGCUGCCCAUAGACUCCCAAAUGAUGACCUGGCACCCUCCGAAGACAGAGCACCCUGGAAGGGCAGGAGCAUGGCCUGAUGGACUCUCCAUAGGAAACAGCACCAGCACUGCUGGUGAGUGGGGUGAGAGGCCCAGCAUUCAACCCCAGCCCUAGUGCCCAUAGCCAUGCUCCUGGGGGUGAGGGUGCACACCACCACUGGAAUGCUCCCUGCCCUUGCACUCCCAGCUGUUUCUCAGGUCACUAAUGGUGCAGGAGAUAACUGUACUAAAACUCUCCAUAAAUAAGACAGUGGCAGCCCUAGGGUUCUCCGGUUUCUUGACACUCCAAUCUCAAGGUAAGCAGUGCUAAAAGGGAAGGGACAUCCUCAAACAAGCUACAGGGCUCAAAGGCCAACAUGGACCCUGGCACAGCAAGCAGGUCAGCCCUGCAGAGCUCCCCAAAACCAUAGCAGAAGACGGGCGCGGGGAAACGGUUUAUUACUAACUUUUGCACAGGGAACAUAAAAUUAAAGGAAGCACCUUAACUAAAGGAGGACGUGAAGGUUCCUAUAGGCAAAAGCCUGUGGCCUAAUUUAAGUUUAGGGCUGUUUAGGGUAAACUGGUUGCCUGCCCAGGUAGUUAAAGAGCCCCAUGCUGGGUCCUCGGGUUGCAGAGAGGUUCUGAGCGUCGUGGAGGCCGAAGUGGGACAGGUGGGAACCAGCGGGCGCAGCAUCGCGUGACCGCUCCUCUCCCUUCGCAGAACACAGCCCAAGAGAUGCGCCCCGCCGCUCCCCAAUAAAAGUAUGAGGUCCACGUGCUGUUGCCU